AUGGACCCCACCAUGGAGCUGGCAGAAGACCCCAGGUUUCCCCGCCCGUUGGUGGAGAUGCUGAUCAGGAACUUCAGCGUGCCGGCAGCCUGCUUCUCCCUGCCGCCCACUUCUCACUCCUCCAUGGUAGAGCUGGAUGUGGCCCAACUCAUCAUCAUGGGCCUCGCCACCAUCAUGACGCUGCUGUCGGUUGCGAUCUUCGUGGAAGAGGCUUUCUAUCUCACCCGCAAGAUCCGCUGUCCCAUCAAGAUGAAGACCCUUCGCUGGAGCAGCUCGGCCCCUACGGUUGUGUCCGUGGUCAGCUGCUUCGGGCUGUGGUUCCCGCGCUCCAUGAUGGUGGUGGAGAUGGCAACCACAGCGUACUUCUCCAUCUGCUUCUACCUCCUGAUGCUGGUCAUGGUGGAGGGCUUCGGGGGGAAGGAGGCGGUGCUCAGCACCCUGAAGGGUGUACCCAUGGUAGUCAGCACCGGGCCCUGCUGCUGCUGCUGUCCCUGCCUGCCCCGAAUCACCAUGAGCAAGAGAAAGCUUCAACUGAUGAUGCUGGGGACUUUCCAGUACGCGUUCUGCAGGGUGUUCGCCGUCUUCCUGGGGCUGGUCCUGUUCACUGAUGGGAACUACAACCCUGCUGACAUCUCGGCAGAGAGUGUGGCCCUCUGGAUCAACACGCUGGUCGGUGUCUCCACACUCUUUGGGCUGUGGGCCCUGGGCAUCCUCUUCCGACAGGCCCGGCUGCACCUGACCGAGCAGAACAUCAAAGCCAAGUUCUCCUGCUUCCAGAUCCUCCUCCUCCUGACGGCACUGCAGCCCGCCCUCUUCAGCAUCCUGGCCAACAACGGCAACAUCGCCUGCUCGCCACCCUUCUCCUCCAAGGCCAGGUCACAACAGAUGAACAUGCAGCUGUUGAUCCCCCAAACCUUCAUCUUGGCGGUGGUGACCCGUAUGUACUACCGCAAGCAGGACGACAAGCCGGGCUACCAGCCCGUCAGC